AUGUCUCCCGCCGCAACUUCCACAGAGUCUACCACUCCCCAAGCAGACACUCCCCAGACCCAAGUCACUCUGGGCGGAAAGGUGAUCGCUAUCACCGGCGCCAACCGAGGAAUCGGUCUGGGCAUCGCGGAAUGCUGUCUUUCUAACGGUGCUGCUAAGGUCUACUCUAUUGACAUUGGAGAGACUGGUGACGACUUUGCUGCUGUUGCUAAGCGUUACCCUGGCCAAAUCUUUGCUCUUAAUGCCAACGUAACCGAGGAGGCCACUAUCACCGCAGCGAUCGAUAAGAUAAUUGAGGAAGCUGGCGCACUGCACGGCAUGGUAGUUAAUGCCGGUCGUACACAUCACAAGGCCGCGCUUGAUUUCACCAAAGAAGAGAUUGAGAGCUUGUUCAAUGUCAACCUCUUUGGUGCCUUUUACACGGCUCGCGCUGCCGCUCGUGCGUUCAUUAAGCUCGGCAUCAAGGGGUCCGUCGUCUUUACAGCUUCAAUGGCCUCGUACCGUCCUAAUAAGCGUGUCCCCUCCACUCCUUAUGGCGCAUCAAAGGCCGGCGUUCGAAACAUGACCCACACCUUGGCAAUGGAAUGGGCACAAUAUGGUAUCCGGGUGAACAGUGUGUCUCCCGGAUUGGUCAAGACUGCUAUGACAUACUGGGUGCCUCAGCAGCCUGACUGGGAGCAACAGCUCAAGUAUUACGGUGGUUUCCCUAGGUUGGCCGAGGUCCAGGAGCUUGGGGGUGCCUACGUGUACCUUCUGAGCGAUGCCGCGAGCUACACUACCUCUAUUGAUAUUCCGGUGAACGGUGUUAUUGGCAUUUGCUGA